GAGAGGAAAAAGUGGAGGAAAGUGACAGGUUUGUUUAGGCUCUCUCUGUUUUUGUCUUUGAGGAGAUGUCUCGGUACCACAAAGCGGCCAUCGACGGGUACUUGGACCUGUUGAAGGAGGCCACAAGGAAGGACCUGAACACUGCGGAUGAGGAUGGCAUGACUCCCACUUUACUGGCUGCUUUCCACGGACACGUCGAUGCUCUUCAGCUCAUCUGUAGCAGAGAAGGAGACCCCAACAAAAGCGACAUCUGGGGAAACACGCCGUUGCACCUCGCUGCAGCAAAUGGCCACAUGCACAUCCUCAGCUUUCUGGUCAACUUUGGUGCAAAUCUAUUUGCCCUCGACAAUGAUUUCCACACAGCUAUGGACGUGGCUGCUUCACGUGACCGUAUGGACUGUGUGCGCUUCCUGGAUGACGCGGCCUCAAAGCAGACAAACAAGAAUCCAAAGAAGGUCGCCACCUUGAAGAAAGAGGCCGUCAAAGAAGCAGAGAAGCGUGUGAAACUGUGCGAGAAGGUUAAGAAGAGGCACCAGACUAAGAUGGAUAAAAUGCAAAAAGGAGGGUCUGUUUCAGAGGCCAGCAUGGCGUCGGGAUUCUCAAACGGGGGCACCAUAAACAGCGUCAAUGAGCAGUUCUCCAAGCUCAUUGCUGUUGAAAAGUCAGGCUCUCUUACAGCCAGGGUUAAAGGCACACUGCAGAAGAGGCUGGGGAAGAAAGAUAAAGGCACGCUACAGAGAGCAGGAGGAGAUGGAAAUGUCCUUUUUGGCAAACAGGAUGAUGGAACCUCUGAAAAACCAGAGUUCAUGGAUGUCUUCAAUGAGCAGGAAGAAGGCAUAGAUGAUGAAGGAAUGGGAGACUAUGACGACUACGAUGACAACGAAGACUCAGGCCAAGUCAAACAGUCCAUCUUCAACCGACCUGGCCUCGGAGGUCUGAUUUUCAUGAAGAAGAUGGGGCUGGAGUCAGACGACAUCCCCGGCGGGGCCAAUGAAAGUCUUGGUUAUCUUGUUCAGAACGAGUUGUUCGAGGAGGAGGAGGACGCCACUGGCCUCGAGGGGAACGGUGACGCCGAUGUGCCCUGGGAACAAGAAGAUCUUGGCCUGGAUGACGAUGAAGAUGAGGAAACUUCUCCUUUAGAUGCAUUCUUGUCGGCCAUCUCAUUGCCAGAGUUUGCUCUUGCAUUCAGCAGAGAGCACCUGGACCUGGAGGCGCUGAUGCUCUGCUCUGAUGAAGACCUGAAAGGCAUCCGCAUCCAGCUGGGACCCAGGAAGAAGAUCCUGGAGGCAGCCGCUCGCAGGAAGAACGCACUGGAGGAUCCUGGGAUCAUGAAGGACAGCUGCUUGUGAUCCACAAAAACAUGGACAGAGGAUUGUAAUCUUUAAAAUGAAUCUGUGACUUUUGGAGAGAAGGUCGAUAGUUCGAUUUCUGUAAAAGAUGAUUUGGCAAAGUCUGUCUCCAACAAUAUUUAUCACAUUUACCGUAAUCAAACUUGUAUUUAUUCUCACAGAGAAGACCCUGUUUUCCUUUUUACUUAAACAUUCAUGCUGGGUAAUCUGAUACCUGAGAUGACAUCACUUCAGUACAUGCAAGCUCAGCCCAUGCAUCCUUUCCUUAGCUGUCAGGCUUACCAAGGCUACCUACAUCAAUCCACUUCCUUAAUGCUCAGUUCUGAUCUUUUCUCAGAUCUGAUUUUUUUUUUUUUUUUGGCAGUUCACACUGCAGUCAACUUCCAAAAGAUCAGAUACA